AUGCAAACGAGAGCCCCUUCUUAUCCCCCCGCCGCCGGCGCCUUCGCCUCUCUGCCCCGGCGCGGCGACGGCGACGGCUGGAGCAUGCGGGUGCAGGGGACGAUCGCGCUGCUGGGGGCCCUGCUGGCCCUGGCCGCCACGCAGCGCCGAGCCGGCGGCCGGAGCGGCGUCGGCAGCGGCCGGAGCGGGACGUGGAGCCGAGCGCCGGCGCCUCUGCGGAGCUGGGACGCGGGGCUGCGCCCGCCCUGGGGGGACGGGACCCCCCGGCAGGGCGGCCGCUGGCGAGGCGGCGACGUCGCCCUCGAGCUCAGCAGCGACGGGCCCACGCUGGCGGGCGCCAAAGCCACCUUCUCCGUCGCCCUGCGCUUCCCCCGCGGCCAGGAGCCGCUGCCCGACGGCCGCGUCGUCUGGAGCCGCAACUGCACCGUCAACGGCACCCGCGUGGCCCGCGGCGACCCCGUCUUCCCGGAGCCGCCGGCCGAGGGCUCCGACGGCGUCUUCCCCGACGGGCGGCCCGUUCCCCGCGGCGCCUGGGGCCAGCGCGGGAAGUUCGUCUACGUGUGGUGGACGUGGGGCCGGUACUGGCAGGUGGUGGACGGCGCCGCGUCGCAGCUGACAGUGGCCACCGACGGCGUGCCCGUCGGCUCCUACACCAUGGACGUGGUGGUUUACCACUACCGCGGCCGCCAGAAGUUCGUCCCCAUCAGCCGCGCCAGCACUCAGUUCAGCAUCACGGACCAGGUGCCCUUGGCCGUGGACGUGGCGCAGGUGGAGGGGGCGGCCGGCGGCGGGCGCUUCGUGCGCCGGCGCGCCGUGGCCUUCGCCGUGCGGCUGCACGACCCCAGCCGCUACCUGCGCGACGCCGACGUCUCCUACUCGUGGGACUUCGGGGACGGGAGCGGCACCCUCAUCUCCCGCAGCGCCACGGUCACCCACACCUACCUGGAGGCCGGCUCCUUCACCGCGCGCCUGGCGCUGCAGGCCGCCAUCCCCCUGAGCCCCUGCGGCAGCUCCGCGCCGCCCCCCCUGGACCCCACCACGGCGCCGGCGCCCAGCGCCACGCCGCCCGCCGGCACCAGCGCCGGCCCCGCGCCCAGCACCGCCGCGGCAGCCAGCUCCGGUAAGCGGGCGGCGGGGCACCCCCCCGCCCCGACCCCCAUCUCAGGGUGCUCCUGCAGCCCCUCCGCUCUCGCUCUGCCCCCCCCCCCAGCACCCGCCGCCGUGACGCAGUCUGGGCUCCCCGCGCUCGGCACCCCCGCGGCGUCCACGGACCCCCCGCUGCCUGACUCGGCCUCCCCGGCCGGGGACACAGCCGGCACCACGUCCCCCACGGCAGGACCUGCUGCCGGGGCAGCAGCAACCCUGGCUGCAGAUGCUGUGACAGCUGGAGCCACAGCCGGAGCCACAGCUGGAGCCACUGCUGCACCCGCAGUGGGUGCCACAGCUGGAGCCACAGCUGUGCCCAUAGCAGGAGCCACAGCUGGAGCCACCGUUGCACCCACAGUGGGUGCCACAGCUGGAGCCACAGCUGUACCCGUAGCAGGAGCCACAGCUGGAGCCACUGUUGCCCCCCUAUCGGGUGCCACAGCUGGAGCCACUGUUGCACCUGCAGUAGGCGCCGCGGAGCUGCUGGCGCUGGUGAAGCGGCAGGCGCCGGGUGCCGAGCCGGUGGGCUGCAUCCUGUACCGCUACGGCACCUUCUCCACCCAGCUCGACAUCGUGGAGGGGAUCGAGAACGUCGCCAUCGUCGCCUCCGCGGCGCUGGAGGGCAGCGAGAACAGCGUGGAGCUCACGGUGACGUGCGAGGGCAGCCUGCCCGAGGAGGUCUGCACCGUCGUCUCGGACCCCGAGUGCCGGACGGCGCAGCAGCAGACGUGCAGCGCCGUGGAGCCGGCCCCCGGCUGCCAGCUCGUCCUGCGCCAGCACUUCAACCACUCCGGCCUCUACUGCCUCAACGUGUCCCUGGCCAACGGCAACAGCCUGGCCGUGGCCAGCACCCGCGUCGCCGUCGGAGGUGCUGCUCCGGCUGCCGGCGGGGCCACGCUCGCCGUGGGGCUGGUGCUCGUCGCCGCCGCCCUGGCCGCCGUCGCCUACACGUACAGGCGCACGAAGCGGGGCCCGCCGCGCGCCCCGGCCCCCCGGCGCUGGCUGCCCCCCGGCUCGGCCCUCCGCCUGCUGCUGCGGCAGGCCCUCGGCGGGGCGCCCAGCGGCGAGAGCAGCCCCCUGCUCCGCGCCAGCGCCGCGUAG